AUGAGUGAGACACAGGUGAAGGCCGAGCCAGAAGACCAGGCUUUCAUACAGCCACCCAGACCCACAGACCCCGGUGCGACCAGGGAAACAGCAAUUGAAAUCGAUGACAUCGAAACACCUGUCAAGACGGAAGAGGAGGAGGAUGAUGAUGUGGGUUUGCCGCCAAGCAACCUUCGCGACUUUGGACACGACAAGGCUUCCGCAAUCCUCAUCGACGAUGAUGACACCCCAGACACCCACCAAGGAGAGCAUUCACUUUCACCCGCCACACCAAACGCACCUCUCACUUCGACUGUCCGCUCCGAAUCACCGGUUGCUCCCGGGAACAGACAAUCACCCCCACUACGCCUUGGAACUUCUAUGCUUUCCACACCUGGCCGUAAGCCAGCAAGGCGAGACUUGCAGCAGAUGCGUCUGCUGCGCAAGCGCCUGAGGUCAUCUGUUAACAACAACAACAACAACAACAACAACAACAACAACAACAACAACAACAACAACA